UCUUUUCUAUCAGCUGUAUUCCCUUCACGCCUGUGUCAGUGGUAGCUUGUAUUCUCUCACAAAGCAAGUCACCUACGAGCGGAUGGUCCUUCUGUUCCGAGAUGUUGCUGCUGCACAUAAUCUUCAGCAGUCACCCCGAACCAUACAGGAAAACCCACAGUGGGCGGCGAAGAUCUACGGAUGGUUACUUGUCAUUGGGUUACUCACGAGUUCUUGGAAGUCCUGACUAUGAUGCCUUGACAGAUAACAUCACGUUUCUCACCUGUUGAGUCAGCUAUCUCCAGAUUACCACAGUGAGCAUUCAAGGAUUAUACAGUGUUGUGGUGUAUUCAGGAGCUAGAAAACGGCACUCGGAUAAGGUUGUAGUGAUAGUUACAGCGAGUUGGUUCAUGGCUGAGGAGAGCUUUACUCGAACAUACUAUACAGAUUGCGCGUCUUCUUUUGAUGCAUGCUGUCAAAUGUUGUCAUGCAUUAUGGGUAUAUAAUGACAAUGAUCGUCAGUUUGAUGGAACGUUUUACGCAGUGAGAGCGUUUGAAUGAUGUUCACGUCACUCCAAAACUCCCUCCACACUGAAAUGACCACAACUGGUCACCACGUCCUCAACGCCACCCCAACGAUUGACCAACUCAACGAUGAAAGACGCCUGUUCCAGCAACCGGUGGUCGUGACACUGGGUGUUAUCAUGGUUGCCGCCAUCUUUGGUAACGUUCUCGUUAUCUAUGUAUACUUGAGCAAGAAGAUGACACCCUCCUACUUCUUCAUACUGCUGCUUGCUGCGGGGGACCUGAUCAAUAGCACCCUGUGCAUCCCGUUCCAGAUGUUCGAUCUCAGCAACCCUUACAAGUACCCAGUUCCUGUUGCAUGCAAGAUCUUCCGAUUUCUGGAAACUGUCGUAAACACCUGGUGUGGCCUUAUUCUUAUGUGCAUCGCUUUUGACAGAUAUUUUAAGAUAUGCCACCCUCUUCAGAAAUAUACAAUGGGUAAGGCGAAAUCUCUUGCAAUCGUUAUGUUCGCUAUGACAAUUUCGGUAUCAUGGCCCCAGCUGUUUCUGGUAGGCAAAAGGACUGUCACAACUUCCGUCAAGGACGUGUUUGGUGAAGAUUGUUCCACCCAGGAUGGAUUGUUCGGUUCUGUAUACUCCCUGUUGUUUCAGGGUGCCAUAAGCUUCCUGUUCGGUGUAUGCUUUUUGAUAUUUCUAUUAUUCUACGGAAGAAUGUUUCACGUGAUUUGGAGAAGGAAACGUCAGCGAAUUGGGGAAAGUUAUUCCUUCACUGUGUCGUCUGGUUGUGAGAAAAUGAAAGGAGCAGACGAUAAAAACAAACGAACUUUAAGUGUGAUGGAGGAUACCAGUUUUACCGCUCAAAAUGAUAGUGCGUUCCCUUUUGAAAAUAUUGAUCAAAACAGUAAUGGGAAUAUUGGAGAAACAAAUUCCAUAGUUGAUGGUCGGAGACCGUCGACGACAGAUAGAAAAUUUACGAACCUGACGGAGUCCUUUUCAAGCAAUCUGAAUGAAGUCCACGUUGGAACCAGACAUUCGUCCGUGUGGUCCCUUUCAAUGAUGUCUCAAAGGACCCCUUCUACACCACUAAGUGCUCAAUCACACCGUUUGAAAUUCUCGAGUCAGAUUAAAAUCCGGACGUCUCGGACCACCGUCAUGUUUGGCCUGGUUACUUUGGCCGGAGUUUUUGGAUUUCUGCCAUAUUUGUUGUUGGAGGUUCUCAGACAAUCUGGAGUCGCAUUUCAACCAGGUAUGACAAACACGGAAGACUUAAUGUACGAGUUUUUAUCGAAGUCUUAUUUUCUAAACAACAUUGCCAAUCCGUUGAUAUACAGUGCUGUGAACCCACUAUUUAGAAAGGACAGUAGGAAUGUGCUACGAAAGCUGAUCAAGUGCAAAGACUGAUCUUGUUCAUCCAAAUGAGGUUAAUUCAGUAUUAAAACAUUUAUAUAUUCUAAUAAAUGUUACUAUUUCUUAAA